AAAACACUUCCACAAGUGUUCAUCAUGAGUGCUCUCAAAUCCGGAGCCAAGUUCUCAGGCUUAUUUUAUUCUACCAAACGACUUUUUCACCGUCAGACUUCCACGAUGACGAACUUUAACAUCACUAUCGUUUCUGAUCCCAUCUGCCCUUUUUGCUAUCUCGGCAAGAAGCGACUUGAGCGCGCCAUCCACUACUACAAAAAGACCAUCCCCGGCGGAUCCGCCGACACCUUCACCGUCACCUGGAAGCCCUACUAUCUCGACCCCACCCUCCCCCAGGGCAAAGGCACGCCGGUCCUUGAGCGUAUGGCGUCCAAGUUCGGCCCAGACAGGAUCGAGGCCCUGACGCAGCGCCUCACGCUCAUGGGCCGGAGCGAGGGCAUCUGUUUCAGUUUCCAGGGCAAGCUGGGGAACACGCGGGACGCGCACAGGCUGGUCCAGCUGGCGAGGCAGAAGGACGCGGAGAAGGGCGGCGAUGAGGUCCAGGAACGGCUGAUGAGUGCGCUGAUGAGCGGGUAUUUCGAGGAAGGGGGGGAUAUCACCAGCCAUGAGAUGCUGCUUGAUGCGGCUGCGAAGGCUGAAAUGGACCGGGCGGAGGCGAAGAAGUGGCUGGAGGAGGGCGGAGGUGGGGAGGAGGUGGAUAGGGAGGUGGAGGGGGCGUAUGCGAAGGGAAUUCGAGGCGUGCCGCAUUUCUUUAUCAAUGAUCGGUUUGAGAUCAGCGGGGCGCAGGAUGUUGAAGAGUUCCUGGGGGAGUUUGUGAAGGCGAAGGAGGCGGAAGGCGGUAUUGUGGCUUGAUGCUGGUCGAGGAAAACCUGGCAACACGCUCCUAGAAAGCCCCCUCAAAGGUUGUGUUCUGUGACGAAUAUAUUUCACUCAUAUUGGGUAUCAUC